AUGGCUCAGGCCUCAGCUUCUGGAAAUCUCAUGAUUAAUACUCUAUCGGGGCCUACUGAAUGUGUUCCUGUGCAGUUCACCUGGUCUGGGGGGCAGGCUCCAUAUUACCUCUCGUUGAUUCCGGGGGGACAACCUUCGGCCCAAGCGAUCAGACAGUUUCCCAUUCAGAAUGGUAACUCGUAUACCUGGACGGUUGACCUGGCCUCGGGCACCUCGUUUACGACGGAGCUCAGAGACAAGACUGGCGCGGUAGCCUAUUCGGACAUCCAGAAUGUGCAGCCCGGACCGGACAAUAGGUUGAGCCCAUCCCUGCAUGUCGACGCGAGUCCAACCUAUUGA